CAUGCGCAACAGGUGUCUACAAAUAUUUGAACCCUCAAGCGCGUGCCUGAGAAAACUUCGGAGACUAGCCGUUGCGUAGCACUUACUGAUACUCUUUUGUUUGCGAAAUGAAGAAGGCCCAAGAGGGCAGCCUGGCUCGUUUUAGGGACAUCCCCAGUCCUUUCUCAGAAAUGGUGAAGAAGAACAUUGCACUUAAACGGAGGUUGGAUGAUUCGUGUCUGGACGACUCAAUCGAGACACCAGCAAAAAAGCCCUGCAUCCCAAGUACCGCCUCGCCAGAUCUUGGUCUUGGGUGCGAUUCAUUCAAUGUGGACACCCCAGAAAUUGUUUUCCAGCAAGUGCCAUUAAAGAGACAAAGGGCCAUUAGAAGACUAACUGAGCAUGGUCUUACUGGUUUAAAGGCUCAUUUGAAUUUAUCUUCAUCUUCUGAGACCUCAGAUGGGACUCCACCAAUUGAUGUUGUCUCAAAGACAAACAGCCGUCCGUCAUCAUCAUACACCGUGAACCGUGGCAAUGUGUUUGACUUCCAUAUUGACAACAUCUUGUGUCUGAGCCCCAUCACCUGCGACGCAGGACAAGCCACCGGCGCGGCGGCCAAUUAUGUCAAGGGCUGCCUGUGUCACAGGAGCCACGGCCCGCCGGCUCUGAAUGCACCAGCAGGGCAACAGAGCGGAGCGGGAGUGAGGGAGGAAGAGCCCAGUGCAAACAGGAGUGAAGGGAAGAGGACAAGCAAUGGUGCCGCCGCUGCUGUACAAGUUAAUGGUGGUCAGCUCUCUCACGGCCCCCUUCCAUUCCUGGGGGAGGUAGGUGGCUCCUCUCAGCCUCUGUUGGAGCCCCUCAAACUCCGCCAGGUCCACGCAGCCUCCCUUGAGGAGAACCAGGCUGUGAGAGCGGGGUUGGGUACCAACAGCGCUCCAUCGGCUCCCAGUCGGGCUGUUGUAGAAGCCUUGGAUGUCAAGGUCGAGAUGGUCUGCGAUGCGCCACUGUUUGAGUCGACCAUAUGUGAGAGUGCGGCCCUUGAAGAGGCGCACACGGCGGAGAACAGCUUUGAGGACUCCUUGCCACUCAAAGUACAGGUGAAAUCCUUGGUGGUUGUGAAGAACAGACAUGCCUCCCGGGAAACCGCCCAAGCACUAAGGAGAAGGCCAAUGCCUUUCCAUAGUGAAUGGGAUUGGCACCAAAAAAAGCGUCUGUACAUGGAGUCUAUCGACACACACACCCAGGAGAAUUCUUAUCAAGGUAACAACAAGUCUCGUACCGCCGUGACCGAGAUGCUGCACCUGAGGAGCGCUUUGGGUGAGAAGCUAGGCCCACAGUGGCAACAUCCAUCGGAUCUCACCACAAGAAACCAUCAAAAACGGUUUGGGAACAGCCAGGGACCUCGGAUGUCUCUGGCUGAAUGGAAGGCCCAGAGCUCCAGAACCCACCAGGGCUUCUCCAUGGUCCCACAGAUAUUUCAGAGGGGUCCAAUCCGCUGAGGCUGAAACGCAAGUUUGUUACUAUAAAGAUUGGUAAAAAAAACAAGACAGUGCUAUUGUUCUGCCUGUGCCCACUGCUGUUCUUUAAUUGAAGUUUCCUUUAAUUGUUGUUAAAUGUCCACUGUGUUUGUUGUACAUUUUUCAUGUGAUAUUUUUUGUCAUUUGACUUUUUUUGCAUUGUUGUAAUAUUUAUAGUUAAUUUGCAUGUUUUGAUCAAUUGUCGUUGAUCAGUUUCCAAGUCUAUUUCUUAACCUGUGUGAUUCUAUACAUGUACUUCUUUUCUGACUGCAGUGACUAUUUGUUGGAAAGUAUUUGUUUUGUUUGUGAAAUAUAAAGUAAUUAGUUGGCACUCUACACCUGCAUUUUUGAUACAUAAAAAAAUG